CUCAACAAUAUUAUAAAAAAGGCACUGUAUUCACCUUGGUUAGCACCUAAACAUUGUCAUUAACCAUACUUUCCAAAGACCAAAGAAACAAAGGAGUUGAGAAGCAAGAAGAAGAAGAAGAAGAAGAAGAAGAAGAAGAAGAAGAAGAAGAAGAAGAAGAAGAAGAACUGAGACACACACACACAUGGCUGCAUCAAAAGGUGGAAGUGAAAUCAUGAAGUUGAGUGCAGACCGAAUUGAGAAGUCACUUGCUGCAUCCUUGAAGGUUCAUAAGACACCAGAGAAGCCUUACCUUCUUGAAAAGAACAGUAGAAGCAACCCAAAAGAAGUUAUCAUCAGUUUUCCAGCAUCAGGUGCUUUCAAAGAUUGGUUUUCCAAAACUACCUUUGGUGAAACCGAAAUAGAUCUUAAACUAUUUCCAUCACUUAGAAGCAUUGGUAACAAUAUACCUGCUUUGGUUAAUAAAUUCUUUCUCCAAAGAUUCCAAGAGCUUUUGGAAAAGUCAUCACUUAAAACUGAGGUGGAUGAUGCAAUGAAUAAGAAGAAGCAAAUAGUGUUUGCAGGACACUCAUCUGGUGGACCAGUGGCAAUUCUGGCAACCCUUUGGACCAUGGAACACUACCUAACUCCAAAAUCUCGUGGUGGUAUCCAUCCCCUAUGUAUUACUUUUGGUUCUCCUUUAGUUGGAAAUCACAUAUUUUCCCAUGCUACAAGGAGAGAAAAUUGGUCUGAAUACUUCUUCCAAUUUGUGUUGAGAUAUGACAUAGUGCCAAGAAUCCUCCUCGCUCCUCUAUCUUCUCUUGACCAAGGCUUUGAAGCAGUUUCAGAGAUCAUAGAUCCCAAAAACAGAUCAUUCAUGAGCGAAUCGAGUCUCAAAAGAAUUGCUUCACCUUCAGUUUUCUACUUUGAAGUGAUGUCAAAUGCUGCAACUGUCACUAGACAUGCUGCUUGCAAGCUAAUGGGAACAACAGAAGCAACACUUGAAACACUUGCAAAUUUUGUUCCUUUGAGUCCUUACAAACCCUUUGGAACUUACAUUUUCAGCACUACAAGUGGAAAUGAAGGAAAGCAAAUUGUCAUGAAAAACCCUGAUGCAAUUCUGCAGGUCAUGUUUUUCUCUGCUCAAUUAAGCUCUGAAGAAGAAACUGCUCAAGUUUCCUUUGAAAGUCUGCGACAACAUUUAACUUAUGGCAUUGAACUGCAAAAAAACUUAGGAUUACAGAAUUUUGUGUUAUUGGACCAACUAGAGAAGAUUCCUUUGUCUGAGCAUACUACUCCCGGCAGCAACAUUGCAACCAUUAACAUAGCCUUAAAUGAUCUUGGACUGAGUACAAGAGCAAGACUAUGCAUUCAAGCAGCUGCAGCAUUAGAGGAACGAAAAAGGAUCAACGAGAAAAGUAUAGAAGGGAAGAAAAAGUUUAUGGAAGAAAAGAUGAAUGCACUGGCGAGUUACAGAGAAACACGGGGGCAUCAGAAAAAGGGUUACUAUGAUGCGUUUAAGGAUCAACUAGACGCUCAAGAUUUCCAUGCAAAUGUGUGGAGGCUAGAACUUGCAGGAGUAUGGGAUGAGAUAAUCGAAAAGCUAUUAAAUGAUGAACUACCAGAUGAAUUUGAAGUGAAUGAAGAAUGGAUUGAUAUAGGAACAAAGUUUAGAAGACUAGUUGAGCCUUUGGACAUUGCUAAUUACUAUCGACAUUCGAGGAACAGCAAUGGACGUGCUUAUAUGGAUAAAGGAGGAAGGCCAAAAAGGUAUAGGUAUACACAGAGAUGGUUGGAACAUGCUAAGCCUGAGAGGAGGGGAAGAGAAAAUGUUUAUUCGGAAUCUUGUUUUUGGGCUGAGGUGGAGGAUCUUUGUUAUAAGUCUUCUAAAGAUGAUAAGGAAAAUUUUGAAGAUGUUAAAGAAAAAGUUUUGGAGUUGGAGAAACAGAUGAAAAAGUGGAAUGAGGAUGAUGAAAUUGGUAAGGAUGUGUUUUUGGAGGAUUCUACAUUUGUUAAGUGGUGGAAAAAACUGCCAAUACAGCAUAGGCAAGAAUCAUGCAUUAAGAAUCUUGUUGAAGUGUGAUACUAUAUCAUUGCAGUGGACCUAUUUCUUUAGCAGAGUCACAUAUUUGUCUUGUUUUGUAAUAAACAUAUUACUUGGAUUUAGGUGUAAGGUAGUCAACUUGAAUCUUGCACUUUGUUUGGUUUUGUAAUAAGGAUGAUUUUCUUUUCUA